AUGUCCGAGACUUCGGAAGCUGCGGUUGUUUCGGCAGGUCGCAGUGGAGGAUCAAGAUCGAUUCCCCGCGACCUCUCCGGCACGUUCAAGGACAUGCCGGGCCCCGAGCCCGCCUACGACGCGGACGACGGCGCCACCGAGGGCUUCAAACCCUCGGUUACGGUAGGAGGGGCAACCUCCAAGCCGGUUGGCACUCGUCCUCCUCUCAACGGGGAUACUCCGGCGGCCAACAAGGUCCUAGGCCGGUGCCUAGACCUGACGAAGAUCAAGAGCGAAUGGAUGCAGUUGUUCUUCCCGAAGCAAAAUACUGUGGACCUCCUGCGAGCUAUGGGAUGCGAACCCCAGAUCCUCCCCACGGAGGCUGCGCUCGCGAGUUGGACGCCGACCGCCGCUGCCACGGCGUUAACCAAGUGGAGGAACAAGCUGCGUAAUGCCUUUGGAGUGGCGGACGGAGCCACUGAUGACGGUGUCUUUGCAACCAAGGGCGAAGCCUCGCCGUACAUGCAAGACUCGCACAUGGUAACUCCACGAUCUACGGACCGUAGCGAACGUCUGGCUAGGGAGAACGAGGCUUCAUUCGCCACGCCUGGCACGCUCGGAGCGACCGGUCGUCGGUCGGGCCGACGUUACGACCUCCAUAAUGAUUCGUCGGACAGCGACGACGACCUCGGACCCGACUACUACGAAGGGGACCUACCGAGCGAAUGGACACGUCAGGUGCGCGAGCUAAGCGCGACCGACAACCAGAGCUCCACCCCAAAGCUCGAGAUCGCCACGCAUUUGCCUCUCGCCAACAUCAAGCCGUUCUACGGACCGCGCGACAAAAGCGAGCACUCCAUGCAGUGGCUCCGAACGUUCAUCUAUGAGAUGAAGGGAACGCAUGCACCACCCAACGAGUGGUGUAUGCCGUUCGAACUUAAGCUCAGGGAUGGAGCCCUGCACUGGUGUCGCCAGCUCUCACGCAAGACAAGACGCACGUGGAAGUUGCUGAGCGAGGCGUUCAUCAAGUACUAUUGCUCGAAGUUUUCCAAGUCUGCGAAGGCUCGGUACUACUCGACCAAGCGGGAAGACAAGGAACACGUUUGUGACUACCUCAACCGGCUCAACGGUUACGCUCGCAACGCCGGUGUGAAAUUUGAAAACGGUGGUCGUGACGCGAAGGACCACGUGGACCACUUCUUGGUCACGUUUGACGACCGAAACUUAGAAGACCGUCUGUGCCACGUCCGGGUCAAGAGCAUCCAUGACCUCGAAGAUAUGAUCAACGACAUCCUGCGUCACCGUGACCGCAAAUCGAACCGAGAAUCGUCGUUCCGCCGCUCUCGGAGUCAAGAUGAUGGACGUCGACGCGAUGCGAGGUCGAACGAGGAUUCUGGUGGUGGCUACCGCCGCGAACGACGCUACUACGACGAAGACCGUCGCGAACGACGUCGCCGUGACAACAACCGCCGCAACGACCGCAGUGAAGACGACCGUCGCCGUGACCGACGCGAUGGAUCACCGUACCAGUCCCGAGUCACUUUGGUUGACGCGCUGGCCAAUGUGAUGGCGGAAUGGAACGUCGGAGGCUCGGAUUACUUCGAGGAUGAGCGCCAAUACUCGGACGACCAACGCUCGGACGAGGAUUCAGACGCUGAUUACGACUCGGAUGGGUCUACCGGACAUGUCGCUGCUGCUAACGAUGCUGAGCGCAGGGCCGCAGCCGAAGGAACGUUCGCUCGGUCUGAUAACCGACGCUUCAGGAACGGAGGAGGCCCGUCCAACCGUGAACGAGAUGGUCGACGCCAGUAUGGGCCGUGUGCCGCGUGCGGAAGCCCGUCCCACUCGGUGCACUUCUGCUACCGGCGGUGCAAACUGUGCAAACAGGUGCACGACGCUGGGAAGUGUGAAGCACUCCACGAGCUCACCAAGCUCCUGAAGUCCAAGGUCGACAAGAAGGAUCUGUCGCCAGAACUGCAAAGCCUGGUGUAUGGAAGCCAUUUAAACUAG